AUGGCUUUUACUAAUGCCUCUUUACCAAAAUUUCCAGCUAUUUUCAUUUUUGGCGAUUCUAUAUUCGACACCGGUAAUAAUAACUACGUCGAGACAAUAAUCAAGGCUAACUAUCGGCCUUAUGGUCAGGAUAUUAAUAAUGGCGUUCCUACAGGAAGAUUUUCUAAUGGAAAACUUAUUCCUGAUAUGCUUGCUUCUCUUCUUAAAAUUAAGAAUGACAGUGUUCCUCCAUAUUUAAAUCCUAACCUUACUAAUAAUGAUUUUAUUACUGGUGUAAAUUUUGCAUCCGCUGGCGCUGGAUUCGAUGAAACAACAUCUCUAUUUACUAACACAAUUCCUAUUCAGAACCAAUUAAAUUAUUUCAAGGAGUACAUAACAAAGCUUAAAGGGAUUGUUGGAGAGAAAAAAGCUAUGUGGAUAAUUAAUUCCUCUCUAGUGGUAUUAAAUGGUGGAACUAAUGAUUUUAAUCUAAAUAUAUAUGAUAUUCCUAUAAGAGGAUUUAAAAUGACUGCAGUUGAAUAUACAGAUUUUUUAUUAAAGAAAGUGGAAGCUUCUAUUAAGCAAUUCAUAUCUAAUCAUAAAGAAUAUACUUUUAAUCAGGACUUGUAUGGUUUUGGGGUUCGAAAUCUUAUAGUAGCGGGAAUUCUCCCUAUUGGCUCUUUACCCUCUCAAAGAAGUUCAAGAUAUGCCAAUAUAUUUUCACUAGCGUACAGUUUGGAUGAACAAAAUAACAUUUCUCUGGAUUAUAAUCAGAAGCUUAUCAACCUAUUGACUAAACUGCAACAAAGUCUUCCGACAUCGAAAUUUGUCUAUACGGACUUAUAUUACAGAAUAUUGGAAAUGAUUAAUUAUCCCGACAAAUAUGGUUUUCAGGAAACGAAAAACGGAUGUUGUGGAAGCCUUCUAUUUAGACAAGGUGUCCUAUGCGAUACAAUGGCUCUACCAUGUAACGACCCUUCAAAAUAUUUAUUUUGGGAUAGAAUUCAUCCGACAUCAACAACUUAUCAGUAUCUUGUCAAUCUUAUGAUGAAAAAUGAGAUACCUAAAUUUAUCUCCUAA